AUGCCUUCCGAACUCGUUGAAAGGUAUAUGAAGACAGUCCCGAUAUGCCACAAUACACUGAGCAACAGUGUGGCCGGAUCUGUCCAGGCCUGCUUGUGUAUCUCGAACCAUCUGUUGGAUCUCAGCAUGCAGAUAAAGACUGCUUGCAUGCACCCAGUACUCAGGUUACUUCAAGCCGAAUUUCUGGCCUUGCACAACAUGUUCAAGGAUCAUCAACUCAUCCUGGGCACUUCGGUCUGGCACGACAAUAAUGCAACAACGACAGUGAAAUCGGUUCAAAAGGUCUGCCAAUUGAUUUCGGGGGAGUCGAGCAAAUCGUCGAAGAGGCCCAUCACUNGGAAUGUCUACACUCGAGAUGGUAUCGACGUCUACUUGCAUGCAAUGGUGCUUUGUCUUCAAAGGCAACAUAUGACUCUCGAACUCCUGAUAGUCAUGAUGGCGUUUGUCAAUUCUGGACUCAAGGGUCCAUCGGUACUUCGGCAGUACAGAAGUCUCCAGCACGAACCCCAAUCCUUCCACAUGGAAGUCAGCAAGAGUGUCAUCGCCAGACGUGGCAUGAGUCGUGAUACCCUCCAGCUUCGUUCAGGACCUCAACCAUGGGACACUCCGAACGUAUCUACACCACCCGAGGAACUUUCAGAUGGCGCGUGGUCCUCAAGUCGAUCCUCAACCACACUGGGUAACAUGACUCCAAUAGAAGACCCGCACAUCGGCAAUUUCGUUCAAGCCAUGAACAAUGAAGACCGUGCUCUGAACCAAUUACUAGACAAGCCAGACAAUUUCACGGAGGUAGAUCUCGCAAAGUUGGCGUUCCAUUCGACGAAUGUUGAGGAGUUUGGAGAUUUUGACAGGAGAAGGGCGAUGCAUACAAACGCGUUCCCAUUC